ACUGGAGAGAAACUGUAUAUAUGUAAGGAAUGUGGGAAGGCCUUUGCGAAAGCCUCAAAUCUUAGUGGACAUAGAAGAAUUCACACUGGAGAGAAACUGUAUAUAUGUAAGGAAUGUGGAAAGGUCUUUGCUAGCGCUUCAAGACUUACUGUACAUAGGAGAAUUCACACUGGAGAGAAACCUUAUAUAUGUGAGGAAUGUGGAAAGGCCUUUGCUACAGGCUCAAGCCUUAAUGUACAUAGGAGAAUACACACUGGAGAGAAACCAUAUAUAUGUAAGGAAUGUGGGAAGUCCUUUGCUGAAGCCUCAAGCCUUCGUGUACAUAGGAGAAUUCACACUGGAGAGAAAGCUUAUAUAUGUGAGGAAUGUGGAAAGGCCUUUGCUGUAGCCUCAAGACUUAAUGUACAUAGGAAAAUUCACACUGGAGUGAAACCAUAUAUAUGUGAGGAAUGUGGAAGGGCCUUUGCUGUAGCCUCAAGACUUAGUGUACAUCGGAGAAUUCACACUGGAGAGAAUCCGUAUAUAUGUAAGGAAUGUGGAAAGGCCUUUGCUACAGCAUCAAGCCUUCAUGUACAUAGGAGAAUUCACACUGGAGAGGAACCGUAUAUAUGUAAGGAAUGUGGCAAGGCCUUUGCUGGAGCCUCAAACCUUCAUGUACAUAGGAGAAUUCACACUGGAGAGAAACCAUAUAUAUGUAAGGAAUGUGGGAAGGCCUUUGCUACAGCCUCAAGCCUUAAUGUACAUAGGAGAAUUCACACUGGAGAUAAACCUUAUAUAUGUAAGGAAUGUGGAAAGGCCUUUGCUACAGCCUCAAGCCUUAAUGUACAUAGGAGAAUACACACUGGAGAGAAACCGUAUAUAUGUAAGGAAUGUGGGAAGUCCUUUGCUGAAGCCUAAAGCCUUCGUGUACAUAGGAGAAUUCACACUGGAGAGAAACCGCAUAUAUGUAAGGAAUGUGGGAAGGCUUUUUCGAAAGCCUCAAGCCUUAAUGUACAUAGGAGAAUUCACACUGGAGAGAAAUCUUAUAUAUGUACGGAAUGUGGAAAGGCCUUUGUUAGAGCUUCAAGACUUACUAUACAUAAGAGAAUUCACACUGGAGAGAAACCGUAUAUGUGUAAGGAAUGUGGGAAGGCCUUUGCUACAGCCUCAAGCCUUAAUGUACAUAGGAGAAUUCACACUGGAGAGAAACCGUAUAUAUGUAAGGAAUGUGGAAAGGCCUUUGCUUUGGCCUCAAGACUUAGUGUACAUAGGAGAAUUCACACUGGA